AGACCGAUUCUGAUGAGCCAUGUGGUUCUUGAUACAUCUGCAGACACGAGAAUCUUUUUUUUUUGUCAAGAAUUUUUUUUUUAACAACAAAUAAAAAAUGGGUAAAAAAGGAAAAGUAGGAAAACAACGUAAAGAUAAAUAUUAUCAAUUAGCCAAAGAGACGGGUUAUCGUUCACGUGCAUCAUUCAAAUUGAUACAAUUGAAUCGAAAAUUUGAAUUUUUACAAAGAUCAAAAGUAUUGAUUGAUCUAUGUGCAGCACCAGGAGGAUGGUUACAGGUAGCACAAAAAUAUAUGCCCGUAUCUAGUGUUAUAAUUGGUGUAGAUUUAGUACCAAUCAAACCGAUUCAUAAUGUUAUUACAUUACAAGAAGAUAUUACAACACAAAAAUGUAGAAUGUCAUUGAAGAAAAAUCUACAAACAUGGAAAGCUGAUGUUGUUCUUAAUGAUGGUGCACCAAAUGUUGGUAAAAGUUGGAUACAUGAUGCAUUCGAACAGAAUCGUCUUACAUUAUCGGCAUUACAUUUGGCAUGUGAUUUUCUUGUCAAAGGUGGCUGGUUUAUAACAAAGGUUUUUCGUUCCAAAGAUUAUAAUGCAUUAAUAUGGGUAUUGAAUAAAUUUUUUAAAAAAGUAUUCGCUACUAAACCACAAGCAUCACGUAAUGAAUCGGCCGAAAUUUUUGUUGUUUGUCAAAAUUUUAUUGCACCCGAUCGAAUUGAUCCAAAAUUUUUCGAUCCAACAUAUGUUUUCGCUGAACUUCAAGAAUCGGAACAAAAACUGACAACAAAUGAUUUGCUUAAAGCAAGUAUGAAACAGAAAAAAGCUAAAGCUGAAGGUUAUGAUGAUGGACAAAUAAAUUUAUAUCGAAAAUUGAAUGCUUCCGAUUUUAUUGCAAAUGAAAAUUAUGCAGAUUUGUUAAGCAAAUCAAGUGAAAUUGUCAUCAAUAAUGAUUAUAUUCGAAAUCAUCCUGCAACUACUGAUGAAAUUGUUGAAUGUUGCAAAGAUAUUAAAGUACUUGGUAGAAAAGAAUUAUUGCUUUUAAUAAAUUGGCGUCGUACAAUAAAUAAUGAAAUGAAAAAUUUGGCCAAAAAAUUUAAUAAAGAUUCAGAAGAAAAAGAAAACAAUUUGGAUAUCGAUGAUAAAGAAAAUCAUGAUGUUGAUAAAGACGAUGAUGAUGAUGAUGAUGAAGUUGAAGAAAUUGAUUCAUUCGAAAAUGAAGAAGCUAUCAAAAUGAAACGAAUAAAGAAAAAAAUGGCCAAAGAAAAACGUAAAUUAACUGAACGAAUGAAUUUGAAAAUGGUUUUAGAAAAUGAUCAACUUGUUCAAGAAGAACAAGAUCUAUUUAGUUUAACUAAAAUACGUAAAAAUUUGGAUAAAAUUAAAGAUGUUGAUCCUGAUAUUGUACUAGACGAUAAUGACAAUAAUGAUGAUGAUGAUGAUGGAAAAAAUUCAAAACAAAAAAAGAUUUAUUAUGAUAAAGAUGAAAAAUAUCUUGAUUCUGAAGAUGAAUUAUCUGAAAAUGAUGAUGAUGAUGAUAAUCAAGAUUCAGAUCAAAAUGAUUUCGAUAAUGACAAUGUAAAAAAUGAAAAAGAAAAUGGUGUAAUUCAUUUUGAUCUUGAUGAUGAAGAUGGUGAUGAUAAUGGUAAUGAUUUAAUUGUUGAUCUUGAAGAUCAUUCAAUGGAUGUUAAAAGUGAACGAUUUUUUGAUAAGCCUAUAUUCAAAGAUUUUGAAGAUGAUGAAGAAAUUGAAUUGGAAGAGAUUGAAAAUUUUCUUAAAAAAUCAGAUAAUAAAAAAGAUGAGGAACAAAAUUUGACAAAACUAGAUAACGAAGAAGAAUCUGAAGAUGAUGACGAUGAUGAUGAUGAUGAAGUUGUGAAAAAAGAAGAAAACCAAACAAUGACUAAUGGAUUAAGUAAGAAAAUGAAUCGUAAAGAAAAAGCUAAACGAAUGCUUAGCCCAGAAGAAUUAACAAUGGCAACCGCAAUGAUUCAUUCGAAAAAAUCUAAACGUGAUUUAAUUGAUGAUAGCUGGAAUCGUUAUAUGAAUAAUGAUCUAGAUGGUGCACCAUCAUGGUUUAAAAGAGAAGAAGAACAACAUUGUCGUAAACCGAUGCCAGUAUCAAAAGAAUUUGCAAAACAAUCGAUAACACCUGGAAUUAAUUCACGACAAAAUAAAAAAGAAAUGGAAGCUAAAGCAAGAAAAAAGAAACGUACCAUGAGACGUUUGGAAAAAGCUCGUAUUAAAGCGGAAACACUUACAGAAGAUCCAAGUAUGUCGAAUAAAGAAAAAGCUGAUACUAUACGUAGAAUAUAUAAAAGAGCAUCGACUAAAAAUGAAAAACGACCAAAACUUGUGGUGGCCAAAAAACAAUACGGUAAUCGACGACCACCCGGUGUAAAAGGUCGUUAUAAAAUUGUUGAUUCAAGAAUGAAAAAAGAUAAACGAAAACAACAACAAAAUGAACGAAAAACUGGUAAAGGAAAAAAAAAGUUUCGAAAACCAAAAAAA